UUGACAGCAGCCUGAGAGGCAAACCUCCUCUCCAGAGGAAGACCUAGGCCACAGCAGAGACCAUGGAGCUCUCCUCAGCCCCUCUCCACAAAGGGCAGCUACCCUGGAGGGGACUCCUGCUGACAGCCUCACUUUUGAUCUACUGGAGCUCUCCCACCACAGCCCAAGUCACUGUGGAAGCAGUUCCACCCCAUGUUGCUGAAGGCGCGAAUGUUCUUCUACUUGUUCACAAUCUGACAGAGACACCCCUAGUCUUUUACUGGUACAAGGGAGAAAAUCCGGAUAACAGUAACGAAAUUGCACGUUUUAUACCGUCAGCUAAUGUAAAUACAGCAGGACCUGCAUACAGUGGCAGAGAGACAAUAUACCCUAAUGGAUCCCUGCUCUUCGAGAACGUCACUCAGAAAGACACUGGAGCCUACACGUUGCAAAUGCUAAUGCAAAGCUUUGAUACUACGAAAGUAUCCGUGCAGUUCCAUGUCCACCCACCGCUACCCAAACCCAGCAUCACAAGCAACAAUUCCAAUCCCAUGGAGGGUGAGGACUCAGUAGUAUUAAUGUGUGAGCCUGAGACAGAGACUACAAGCUACCUGUGGAGGAGAAAUGGCCAAAGCCUCUCAGAAGGUGACAGGCUGAAGCUGUCUGAGGACAACAGGACUCUCACUUUACUCAGUGUUGUGAGGAAUGACACAGGAGAUUAUGAGUGUGAAACCCGGAACCCAGUGAGCAUCUCCCGAAGUGACCCAUUCACUCUGAACAUUACCUAUGGUCCAGAUGUCCCGAUCAUAUCCCCCACAGAUACUCAUUUUCAUUUAAGGACAAACCUCAGCCUCUCCUGUCAAGCAGCCUCUAACCCACCUGCACUGUACUCUUGGUUUGUCAAUGGAGAGCUCCUGUCAUCCUCUCAAGAGCUCCUUAUCCCCAACAUCACUACUAAAAAUAGUGGAUCCUAUACCUGCUUCGUCUAUAACUCUGUCACUGGCCUCAGUAGGACCACAGUCAAGAACAUUACAGUCCUUGAGCCAGUGACUACACCCUCCAUCCAGGUCAGCAACUCCACAGUCAAAGAACUUGACUCUGUGUUCCUGAACUGCUCCUCAAAUAACACUGGGAUCUCCAUCCAUUGGCUCUUCAAUGGCCAGAGUCUUGGGCUCACAGAUAGAACGAAUCUGUCCCUGGACAACAGCACCCUCAGCAUAGACCCUGUUAGGAGGGAGGAUGCCGGGGUGUAUCAGUGUGAGGUCUCCAAUCCAGUCAGUUCUGAGAGGAGUGACCCCAUCCAGCUGGAUAUAAUAGUGCUAGUAACUACACCCUCCAUUCAAGUCAGCAACACCACAGUCAAAGAACUGGACUCUGUGUCCCUGACCUGCUCUUCAAACGAGACCGGGAUCUCCAUCCAUUGGCUCUUCAAUGGCCAAAGUCUGGAGCUCACAGACAGAAUGAAGCUGUCCCUGGACAACAGCACCCUCAGCAUAGACCCUGUCAGGAGGGAAGAUGCCGGGGAGUAUCAGUGUGAGGUCUCUAAUCCAGUCAGUUCUGAGAGGAGUGACCCCAUCCAGCUAGCCAUAUUAGAGCCAGUGACUACACCCUCCAUCCAAAUCAGAAACACCACAGUCAAAGAACUGGACUCUGUGUCCCUGAACUGCUCCUCAAAUAACACUGGGAUCUCCAUCCAUUGGCUCUUCAAUGGCCAGAGUCUGGAGCUCACAGAUAGAAUGAAGCUGUCCCUGAACAACAGCAACCUCAGCAUAGACCCUGUCAAGAGGCAGGAUUCCGGGAAGUAUCAGUGUGAGGUCUCUAAUCCAGUCAGUUCUAAGAGGAGUGACCCCAUCCAGCUGGAUGUAAUAGCUGACCCAACACAAGGGAGUCCUGGCCUUUCGGGGGAUGCCACUGCCGGCAUCUUCGUUGGAUCUGUGACUUGGGUGACUCUGAUAGCAGCCCUGGCAUAUUUCCUUUGUUUCUAGAAGAAAUAGGGGGGAUGACGUGGUAUACACCAUCCUGAACAUCAACGGCCAGAAACCCAAACCACCAACUUCAGCCUCCCCAUCUCUAAGAGCCACAGAAACAGUUUAUUCAGAAGUAAAAAGGAAGUGAUCAUGGCCUGUCAUGCUGGCUGCACCAAUGAUGUAUUUCCAGACUCUCAUCCUCACUAGGAGAUCUCUGUACCAUGAGAUGAGAAAACACAUGUGUGUAUGCGCACACACACACACACACACAGCUCCAGGCGGCAGUCUCUUCAGUAUCAAUAGAAGGAACAAUGUAUUCUGGAGCCUACAGGAAACCCAACUUUUCUUGGAAUUGAAACUUGGCUGAGAAAAGGGCAUCAAAGCUGCCCACCCUUCACUCCCCUAGCCAUGGCUUGUUUAAAUUGACCUAUUCAGAGCACAGUCAUUCUCCCCAGCUCCAGUCCUGUCCUAGCACAGUCUGACUUGAAUUCCCAUAACCCUGGACGUCACCUAAGUGCUAAUGCCAAAAAACAAAG